UUCUCUCUUUUGUAGAUCACGUCAUGAUGCUACACUGAUGAAUCCUGAUAAAGGUCCUCCAGCGCUUUAUCGUCUGAACACAGAAAGAAAAUAUAUCCAUGGGACUGAUAAAAAGGUCAGACAGUGGACAUAUGGAAGAAGAGACAGAAACAAGCAGAAUAAAGUCAUCCUGAUGGUGGGAGAAACCGGCGCUGGGAAAACCACCAUGAUGAACACCAUGAUCAACUACAUACUGGGAGUGAAGUUUGAGGAUCAAGAGUUUUAUCAAAUCACAGAUGAAGAAAAACAUAAAGAUCAGUCACAAUCCCAGACCUCUGAGAUCACGGUUUAUGAGGCGUUUGUUGAAGAAAACCCAACAUCUCUGACCAUCAUUGACACUCCAGGAUACGGACACAGUGAAGGAUACGAAAAAGAUGAAGAGAUUUCUAAAUAUCUGACCAGAUUAUUUUCAGAUAAGGAUGAUGGGAUUCAUUACAUUGAUGCAGUGUGUUUUGUGAUGAAGGUGUUUCAGAAUCGUCUCUCUGACAGACAGCUUUACAUAUUUCACUCAGUUCUGUCUCUCUUUGGUAGAAAUAUAGAGGAGAACAUCGUGUUUCUUCUCACACAGUCAGAUGGAGGACCUCCAACAGAUGCUCUCAAUGCCAUUAAUAAAGCAGAAAUACCCUGCAGAAGAGAUGAAGACAAUGAACCUGUUCACUUCUUAUUCAACAACCGACAGAAACAGAAAAGGGACAAAAAAUAUAAUCAAGGUUUGAGAUCAGCCUGGGGAAUGGGAGAAGAAAGCAUGACUGAGUUAUUAACACUCAUGGAUGUAAAGAACAGAAAAAGUGUUGAGAUGACAUUAGAUGUUCUGAAAGAGCGAAGACGACUCGAGGCCUGUGUCUCUAAUCUGAAGCAGAGAAUAGAGGAGAAGGAGUCAAAAACUACUGAUGAACUGAAACAGAUUCAGGAAAUUCUCAGACAGAACAGAGACAAGAUCAAGAAGUGUGAGGACUUUCAGUUUACAGUCAAGAAGUUCUUCAAAGUAAAAGUCCCCAUUGUAAAUGAGUGGCCGUGGAACAGUAAGGCGACCUGCUGCUUCGUCUGUGAGGAAAACUGUCAUGAGUGGGGCUGUAAUUGGGUCUCUUCUGAUAAUCUCUCAUGGUGUGAAGUCAUGAUAGCCAGUCACUGCACUGUGUGUACCAGAAAGUGUCAUUACAGCAAACAUGUCAAAGAGGACAAAAAAUAUGUGACGAAGACAGAGGAUGUCACAAUGACAUUUGAUGAGCUUAAAAAGGAGUAUGAAAGCAAAAGUGUCCAGAAUGAAACUGACUUUGAUAAAGAAAAAUAUGAAAAGUGUGAGAAAGAGAUUGAAAAGUGUAAAAAUGAAAUAGAAGAAAACCUGAAAAUUGUUCUGGAGAAGACUAAACAAGAAAAGUCCAAACUGCUGUAUGAAGCUUAUGUCAGCAUCACGAGUCUGUCUAAGAUCGCACUAAAAGCCGACAGCGCUUUCACUCUUCAACAUCUGGAUUUCCUGAUUCCCAGACUGAAGGAGGAGGAGGGAAAAGAGGAAUGGAUGAAGAACCUGCAGGAUCUGAAGAAAGCUGGAGAAGAGAAGAAAAAUAAAGGGGCUUUACAGUAUGUGAUGGAUAGGUUGCAAAAGUUGACCGCAUUUUUCAGUCAUGAUAAAACUUCUUAAAUGCAAGAAAUCUGAAAAUGAUCAGUUCUUUCAGAGCUGCAUGAUAAUUGGAUAAACUGACAAUCACAUUUUUUUUUUGCUCAAAAAUUGCCACAAUGACAAUUAUUGAUCAAUAAUUAUUGUCAUUUAGACAUUUAUUUUUAAUAUUUUUAUUUCCGGCGCUGAGAAUCUGAUACCGUAAGAGACAAACAAACUGACUGGAUUCAGUCCUAGAGCCUUUGAACAAAUCUCUGGGGUGCGGAUUGGAUCAAUUCCUUUCCUAGAGCUCUUCCUGUCUGAUUUUAAGGAACAAUCUGAUCUAAUGGAAACGUCCAAAAAUGUAUUACUCAUGUCGAACAUUCACAUGAAGACAAGUCAAAGAGAGCAUCAACUCACAUGGUUUAUUGAUGUAUGAUAUUUAUCAUAUAAAUGAACACUCUUCACACAAAAAUUAUAAAACUUCCUCAUAUUAAAAAUCCUAAUAUUAAAAAUCAUAAAUCCUCAUGCAAAAAUUCCUCAUAUUAACUUUUAACUAUUAACAAUUCAAAAUUAUGUUAAGGUGUUUAACUAAAAAUACUUUUUUUUUAUUAUUCUAUCACAAUGAUUUUUUUUUUUCUGCAACUACAUUUGCAAACAGUAUAAAUUCAUGUUUGGAUUUAGUCCAGUUCAUCACUGAAGUUUACACGAGAUUUAGUUGAAACAACCGACAUAAAACAUUUAAAACAUGAAACAACCGUGUGAAGGAACACAGACUGACUGUAUUAAAGUUCAUUAAAUGGCUCUCUGGAAAACCUGAUUCUGAUUGGUCAGUCGCAACAUUCGGAGGUCUGUUAUUCCCUGAUGACAACUGUCAUCAUUAGCAUCAGG